GUGGCGCCUCAAGGGGUGGCUGAUGAUGAUGCUGUGAGCCUGGUGGUGCGCGCAGCGCGCUCCCGCUCUCUCACUGACUCAGUUGGGAAGAUUAUUUAUUUCUUGAAAGUGUAGUAGAGCUGCUGCUGCUGCGAUUGUACAGUCAAGAGUACGCCCACUCACUCGCCCUCCAGCCCGCCCGAAUAGGGCAACAGCAGCGUCUGGGAAGGAACCCGAAGGACGUUGUUUGAACCUGUGAGCGGCGCUUGUAGCCACAAUGCAAACAACCAAAGAUUAUCAAGCAAUCCCAGGACAAUAUGUGGUUCCAUCUGCGCCACCUUCAUAUGAAGAGGCCACAUACAGUCAUCCGCAAUAUCCCCCUCCUCAGCCAGGGAUGGAAGCAAAGCACAUGAACACUGCUGCUCCUUAUAUGAUCCAGCCAAUGCCUGUACAUCCUCCAGUUGCAGUCCAGACUGUGUACGUUCAGCAGCCAGUUGCAUUUCUCGAUCGUCCCAUUCAAAUGUGUUGCCCAUUUUGUAACAGACUUACAACUACCCGUCUUCAAUAUACUUCUGGAGCUUUGGCCUGGUUGUCUUGCGGUGGAUUGUGCCUAUUGGGGUGCGGAUUGGGUUGCUGUCUCAUCCCCUUCUGUAUCGAUUCUUUAAGGGAUGUGGAUCAUUACUGCUCAAACUGCCACAAGCUUGUCGGCUCAUACAAACGGAUUUAAACAAGACUACUCCAUCAAUUGUUCUCAUGUAGAUCCAAACUUUGCAACAUUUUUUGUGUGUAUGUUAGAUCACGCUCUGACACAAUGUACGCAAUGUACAUUCUUGUGAUGACUUGUACGCAGUUUGUGGAGUCCUCCGUACAGAUGUCUGGUCAACAAACCUCUAUAGAUCAAACCAUGAGCAGUUUUUUCUUUGGUCCUAAAGAAAGCAUUUGAUAAAACGUUUAUGUUAUUAAAUGUUUUUCUUUAUUUUGACGUUUGGGCACAUGGUGACUGGAAAUGAGCGUAAAACUUCACCUAGUGUUUGUAACAUUUAUACCACAUACACUUUAUUUUAGUAAAUGUGCUAAAAUAUAGAGGGUUGUAACCUUUAUAAUGACUGUUAUUUGCAUUUAGUAUUCCCUUGGCUGUAAUACAUGUCAGAGUAACCUCUCUAUGGGCAUUUUGUUAAUAUAUUCAGACUAUCAAUUCGCUAGGAACAAAUGACAUCAAAUUACUGUACAACACAUUAGUGAAUUCAGUGGUUGUAUUCUCAUGCAUAUUGUUAGAGGCCACAGAAUGCCAGCCACCACUAUCACUAAGCCAAGCGUACCAACUGAGUAAUCCACAGCUGUGGAUGCAUUAACAGGAAUUUGUGUUUGCACUAGUAUGAACCUUUCUACUUUCCUUACCUUAAUAUGGCUCACCGAAAUUGUUAUGAUAAAAAGAAAAAACACACUUGUCAAAUGUAUAUAAAUCAGUGUGUGUAUGUAUAUAUACUCACCCUGGUAUGUCAGCACUCAAUGCUUAAGUAGGUUAACAAUGUGGUGCUCCAUUAUAGACCUUAUAGUCCAGUAAGAUAGAUGAAUCAAUAUAUGGGCACCCUCCAAACUACGGUGGUGCUUUGUGGAUCACAGGCAUCCUUGCUGCAGUCAUGCUAAACAGCCCUUAAAGUCACACCAUGCCGUGGCUGGACUCUGUAGCACCGAGCGUCUUUAUUUGCAGUUGUUUUUUUUGUUUUUUUACUAUAUUCUGUGUCUAAUUGCGGCUCUAGCUGCAUCCGAAAUGCCACGUUACAGGGUUUUCCAUGAAAACACUGCAGCAUAGCAUUUGUAUGCAAAUACAGUCGCAGUCAUAGAACAAGUGAAUUUGCAUUUGUGCCAACAGAUUCUCCUAGAUUUGACCAUCUACAUGGCUGUAAUAGUCAACUAAUAUAUGGGAAAUGGUUUAAAACAUUUCCCAGUUUCUGAUAUGUUUGCUGUAUGAGACUGGUAUAUUCUUUAAUGCUAACUUGCACUUUGCAGGGGUUCUCAACUUCAACACUCAAGUUUUUCCAACUGGUCAUUUUUGGGGGAUUUCUGUAUGUGGAGGCUGAUGGGUGACCCAGCAAAAUAGAUUAACUUGGGCAUGAUUAAAGAAAUCCACAAGACCUUUUGGUGGUACUUGAGGAUUUGAGUGGAUGUGGCUUUCUCCCCUUUUUUUUUUUUUUUUUUAAAUCCCAGACCAGGAGACCUUAAUGUUUUUGUUAAUGCAAAAUGUAUUUGGAGCACUGCUGUGGAUAUGUCCAUUAUAACAUUGCGGUGUAAUGUAGAGGGGUCUUAUGGAAGCACAUGGUAUACAAGGUUGAAAGAGCAUGACUUAUUACCAGCAGUGGUUCUAGAGUUUGUAGGAAAGGUGGGGGGGGGGGGGGGGGGCAUGCUGCCUGUCAGUAUUAGGUCCUCCUGCUAGUGCAAGACCAGUGCUCCUAAUCAGGAAAGAGUGGAUACACCCUAGCUGCUGCAUUGUUGUGACAGCGCUUGUGCCUAUUUUGGUGGCACUGUCCCAGUUUUUGUACCUAUGAAAGCAUCGUGGCUCCAUGAGAAUGUGGACAGUGUUGGGCAGAUCUGGGUGUGAUUUGUCUUCAUCACAGGAGAGGCUUAUAUCCUCAUUUAGAUUUUUUUGUUGAUGUUAUUCUACCUGUUCCCAGCAGUCCCUGGUUCUGCUCUGUUCUUCUGAGUGACAGAUUGCAUUGGAGACGGUGCUUACAUUAUCUUCUCAUUACCACAGUAUUUAGGUGAAAUACACAACAAUGCCAUUUUUCUACAGUUAUAAAAUUUAUGGGGAUAAUUUGAGACUAUGGGGGGUAUUCAAUUAGGUCUGUUUUUUUUCUUUGCCUAGGCGAAAAAAAAGGAAUUUUUUUGCUAUUUUUAGGGCGUAUGGUUAUUCAAUAUUCAAUAGCAAGGUCGUUUUUUCACCUAGGUAAAAAAAAAAUACAGCAGGAGCAAAAAACGUGGAUCGGCGAAUCCACAUGUUUUCACACUGGCGCCAGGGAAAACGCGGGCUGUUUUUGCCAAGUUUGAGGCAUUUUUCACCAAUGCCUUUUCACAAAAAAAGGAAAGGUGAAAAGACAUUGGCGAAAAAUUCCUUAAAAACGGACUAAAACUGCCUGCAAUUGAAUAGACAGGGAAUCAAAUUCAAUAGCUUCUCUAUAAAUAUACCAAUCUAUAAAUCCGGCUUAUAUGAAAUCUGUUAUUUGCAUUUAUAUUUUAAUAAAAAAAAUUUUUAUUAAAAAAUUAUACACCAACAAAUACUCCUAAAUGUAGCUAAUUAGUAAUUAGCAGAUUUAUUUUGAAAGAUGUGUACUUUUUUUGUGGUUUUUGUUCUAAGUUGAAUGUUAUAUUAAUGUAUGUUGCUCACAUCCCAGUAUAGAUUUGUAUAUUCAUAGGUAUCAGGUUACAUAUAUCUUUACCAUUAAUCGUACAAAAAUAAGAUACAUUUUAUGUAAUUGGUGUCACACAGGUUCAGAUUUCUCCAUUUGAAAUGUUCCCCGACCCACAGUCUCCAUCCCCUUAAGCAGGAUUUUGCAAAUGUCCAUGUGGGACAGCAUGCAUAAAAUAGAAGGAACCUGAGCUAGCUGGGGACAUAUUAACCCAGAGAUGUCACUGGGAAGAUGACGCAGUGGAGGAGGAGGGACCCUCUUGCUGGCACAAUGUACAGUUAGUAUAAUCUGGGUGCAGGGUGUGCAGUGCUGGGCCCCGUGGACUCAGGGGCCCGUAUGCAAUACACACCCUGCACACAUUAUAAACAUGCUUAUGAGAGAUAAGCCUUUCAGCAAGUUGUAAUCUAUAAGAUAGCCCUUAUAUAGUAUCUACAUUUACUAUAUAAUAUAUAUAUAUAAUAACACUUAUAAUAACGCUUAAAGGUCACUUGUAUGAUUUUAGAGUAGCAUAUACUCUAUAGGGUACAUUUAGCCUACAACUGUACAUACCAGAAGCAGUCACUCAUUUUCAGUGGUCUGGUAAAGCAAGUCAUUCACACCAAUUCAUUCACUAACUAGAAAACUUGUAUAAACUUAUUUCUUUACACAGAUUGGUUUUCAUUUUCUUGUUAAUGUCUCAUUUGUGUUAGCCCUUGUUGUCUUUUUUAUUUACUGCUUAGUGUUUUUGACUUUGCUAGUUUUGAUGCUUGAUAUUCGUUAUAAUUAAGUUGCGUAUUAUAAUAUUGGGCCCUUCUUUGGAAACUCACCUGUAUGUUUUUCAUAAAGAUGUUUGAGUGACUUUAUAAGUUUGAAAGUGGAUUUUGUUACGCAAGAAAAUCUGGACCAAAAGAUGUUUUAUGGAAAAUAUAUUAGAAAAUGUUUACAGAGUUUUUUUUUUUCUCUCAAAAAGAUCACAAAAUGUUAUCAUUUGUUAUAUACAUCUAAAGUAAAUAGCUUUAUAUUACCUACCAAUAAAUGCAGUACUUUUGAUACGUGCGUAUA